CGCCGAACCCGGGGGAGGGGGCAUUGCAGCCGGUGGCAGCCUAGGCGCCUGAGCCAGAGGAGACCGGGAAAGCCGCGCCCGUCAAGGCAGAGGCCUCGGACCCGCGCCCGGAACGCCAUGGCUGCGAAGCUGCUGCUUCUCCUCUGCCUGUUCUCCGGCUUGCAUGCUCGGUCUAGGAGGGUGGAAGAGGAUGAGAAUGAAGACUCUCCGUCGAACCAGAAGUGGGUCUUGGCGCCCAGGUCACAAGACACUGACGUGACGCUGAUUCUCAACAAACUGCUGAGGGAAUACGACAAGAAGCUGAGGCCGGACAUCGGAAUAAAACCAACUGUGAUUGAUGUGGACAUUUACGUUAACAGCAUUGGUCCUGUGUCAUCCAUAAACAUGGAAUACCAAAUUGAUAUAUUUUUUGCUCAGACCUGGACAGACAGCCGCCUUCGAUUCAACAGCACAAUGAAAAUACUUACUCUGAAUAGCAACAUGGUUGGCUUGAUAUGGAUCCCAGACACCAUCUUCAGAAACUCUAAGACAGCGGAGGCUCAUUGGAUCACCACACCUAACCAGCUCCUCAGAAUCUGGAAUGAUGGGAAAAUCCUUUACACAUUAAGGCUCACCAUCAACGCAGAGUGCCAGCUGCAGCUGCACAACUUCCCCAUGGACGCGCACGCCUGCCCCUUGACUUUCUCCAGCUAUGGCUACCCCAAAGAAGAAAUGAUUUAUCGUUGGAGGAAAAAUUCAGUUGAGGCAGCUGAUCAGAAAUCGUGGCGGCUCUAUCAGUUUGACUUCAUGGGCCUCAGAAACACUACAGAAAUCGUGACAACAUCUGCAGGUGAUUAUGUUGUCAUGACUAUCUACUUCGAACUCAGCAGAAGAAUGGGUUACUUCACUAUCCAGACAUAUAUUCCCUGCAUACUGACUGUGGUUCUCUCCUGGGUGUCGUUUUGGAUCAAAAAAGAUGCAACACCAGCAAGAACAACAUUAGGCAUCACCACAGUGCUGACCAUGACCACGCUCAGCACCAUUGCCAGGAAGUCCCUGCCUCGGGUGUCCUACGUCACUGCCAUGGACCUCUUCGUGACCGUGUGCUUCCUGUUCGUCUUCGCUGCGCUGAUGGAGUACGCCACCCUCAACUACUACUCCAGCUGUCGAAAGCCAGCCGUCAGGAAGAAGAAGACAUCGUUAUUACAUUCAGAUUCCACAAGAUGGAUUCCUGAUCGAAUAAGCCUACAGGCACCCUCGAACUAUUCCCUCCUGGACAUGAGGCCUCCACCACCGGUGAUGAUCACACUAAACAAUUCCGUGUACUGGCAGGAGUUUGAGGACACCUGUGUCUACGAGUGUCUGGAUGGCAAAGACUGCCAGAGCUUCUUUUGCUGCUACGAAGAGUGCAAGUCGGGCUCCUGGAGGAGAGGCCGCAUCCACAUCGACGUCUCGGAGCUGGACUCGUAUUCCCGGGUCUUCUUCCCGACGUCCUUCCUGCUGUUCAACCUGGUCUAUUGGGUUGGAUACCUGUACCUUUAAGUCGCUGCUCUGAAGGAUGACUGGAGUACUUGAUUUACGUUUUCCCGUUCCCCACCCUCACCCCCACCCCCAGACAAGUAGUGACCAACCAAAACAUAGCAGGGAAGGACGCCACUCGAGUUUGUUAUGUUACCUUUUAGCAGCGUGGGAAGUACCGGGAAGGUAUUCCUUAUAAAUAUUUCACUCACACACGCUCACAUGCGCGUGUGCGCACACAAACACACACACACACACACAGCAAUUGCAUUUUAAAGUGAUAUUCUUGCUAAUCCCCUCUUCGACCUGUAGUUUGAUGUCUAUGGACGGCCUUCUUGGAUACCAGAAACUGCCAGUCACCAUGCAAAGACACCCGUAAAACACGCAAACAAAUACCAGAGGUUCUCUGAGGCCCUCCCCCUUAGGUGUGAUCCCUCUGUGGUCUUUGGCACCAGUGCCUGUGUGUGCCGCAUCUCUCUUAGCGGAGAUGCCCUGUGCUGACCCCACUCUGAGAUCCAGCUUGAAGGGCAGUCAGCUGCUUUGGGUCCCUUCCUCCGUGAGGUCUGCGUGCUCAGUGCUGCUGUGCCUAGCGAGCCAAGCAUCCCUCCUCCUGGCACCCUUUCUUCCUGCCUGGGAGGUGCUCUUACGUAUCAGCCACGAGUUUCCAUCUGUGGGGAGAAAGCAGGAAACGUGACUUUUAAAACUUGUUGCUGAGGCCACAGCCGCUGUUUGUCUCUUAAUCUCAAGAAGGCGUCAGCUGUAUUUGUACGCUGGGUUCCUGGACCCAGGCGCGUUUCAAGUUAUAGUUUCUGUAAGAGCUGUGUUUGACAUCAUCUGUGGUCUGCCUCAGAUGAUGAGUGUAGCUUUUUUUUUAAAUUGUUAGGGGUUCAGUAACCUUCUUCAUCCUGCAAACAAAGACAUAUACCCAUGGAUAGGCCUUUGCUUUGAAAAUGUAUUCCAGAGCGUGAAAUAAGGUACAUGGACAGCAUUUAAUAAUGAACAUUAACAUUCAAGCCAAAUCGACUUUAGAUGCAAAAAAAAUGGGUAAUGGUUAUCUUCAAUUACACGUUUUGAUGACCAAAAAAUUAUUUUAUACUUUGGAAAAUGGAUACAUAGCAAAAUCCCAAAGAUACAUAGCCUCCCCCCAAAAAAAUCAAUUCUCUUUUGAUAUUUUUAUAACACAAGACAAAUUUGCUUCUUGAUAUUAGUUCUUUGCUAUGACCGGAUGUUCCCCUGCACUUCCGGUCCACGACCCUGCUGAGAUGUGCUCUGUUGGCAACACACAGACCAUUGCUCUCCUCAGCAGUAUCUCGGUGUUAGGUGUUAUUACAGCCUUCACCGUACAACCCCCCUGUGCUUUCUUUGCUCUCCCAAAGCUGAAUUCGUUUUAUCCAGUCAGUAGUUUCUCAUAUAUAUACUGUAUGAUGACAUAGAAAAAGUAAAAUGUUAUAUAAGUAGCAUAUAUAAAAGCAGUGAUUUCACACAGGUUCUUAGACGUACUUCAGGAAUGGUGACGGCUGUGGAAGAAAGCAGAGACACUGAACUAGACCUUUUGGCUGAUUCUUCCUAAUGCCGUUGCAUGUGACGUUGAGUGUGGAAACAGGCAUAACCGCUCAGUUGAAAGGGUAAUGACGGCCGUCUGUGUGUGUGUGAGAGACCGUCACUCUUUCCUCCCGAGAUUUCAGCCAGCGAACCACUGGUUUGACAGUCACGACGUAAGUCAUUUGGCCUCUUGUUAGAAAAUUCGGUUUCAGAAACUGAAAUGGCAAAUACGUGUGGAGACUAGGCUGAAGAUGAUGGCUUAAACGAAACCUCUCCUCUGUCGGGGGAAUUUUGCCUACCCUGCACUGGUGUCCCUGAAUCUCCCGCCUUCGGCAGGCCCACUCUGGAGUGCUCAAGACAGAGGGGAAAGCAACACACACAUUCGCAAACACUGUAAGUCUAGAAUUCCCAGUAAGAAUUGUAACCUCUCACAUUUCAAAAGUUAGGGAGUAAGCCAAAUUUUCUAGUCAUUUUUUUUUCUGGAGGGUUAGAACCUACAAGGAUUUGCUAUGGCAGAACUGACUCUCUGUUACCUGAGAUCAGCUCCAUAGCUGCCUCUUCCCUCAAAACGUCUCGAUAUUUAGACUUUUACAUCUAAGACAUCCACGCCAGUAGACAGUCAUCGCCUCCUGCGUAAACUCGGCCAGGCUGACCACAACCCUGAAAGAACCAGCACAUGUCCCAGAAGCAUUUCAAUGCCAGUUUCCCAGUAGAAUUCAAUUAACUAUGGCAGUCUGAAUUUCCAGGAUAACCACUGUAUUUCACGAAACAGGAGAGAUGCCUACCCAUUGCCCAGCGGCAAAGCUGUGGGCUCUAAAGCAGGAUCUUUGAGGAGAGCUCGAUACACCAGGAAGAGUGAGAAAUGCAUCCCUCCUUAGACACCAGCCCUCCUUACGUAUUUAGAGGGGCUUGUGCAGCACACACAAGCUCAGUCCUACUCUAGACUGCCCUGGCCUCUGUUUCUUUCGCCCACGUGCAGAGCUGCGGAACGCUUGGGGGUAGUGGUCUGAAGGACCUGCAUUUCAAAGGUGCUACUGUGUUCCUCACUCUUAGAAGCACUCCAAAUGAGUAGACUCUGUUUGAAGGAAGAUUCCAGCUUCCCGACCACUGUGGAUCACACUGAAAACUGUGACUGUCUCUCCUUUAAACCACAUCCUGCUUGACAGAGAAAAACCAAACAGGUAUUUCACACACUAGUGAAAUAAAAGGGCAGUGUCUCUUCAAAGCCUAGACAGUUUCACCAUGGGCGUCUCAGACACAGGGUGGAGGACAGCGGUAAUAAAUUACUCUAGACCCAGCCAACACUGCCCCCAAUUAGCCAACAUAUGCCUUAAGAUAAAACAUAAAGCCCCCCCAAAUUUUUCAUUUUCUAGAAGUUCCCAUUUCCUGCAGUAACCCGUAUUUCAUUACUAGAUCUUACCUUUUUCAUGCAUGGAUGAAAAUAGAAUUUUAUUUCUUUAUAUGACACCCAGGCAUCUUCACUUUUGCAACAGCUGGGUUAACUGCAGACUUCUAUUGAUUCUUCCAACAUGGAAAUGCUUGCCCUUAACCACAAACCAUUUUCAUGUUCUGGGUGGGAACCUGAGGGUAAAUGUCCACAGAACAGCACUGUUCCAGACGACUUGACCUGGUAGUCAGUCAGUUGCUGCAGUGAAAGAUGUUUUGUGUGCAUUGUAGCUCUACACAUCGCCAUAUCUGGAAACCAUGGAAGCAAGGGACCAGUAAUCCCAUUUCACAUCACUUCAUCUUAACACGGCUAAGAAGCAGUGGUCCACUCUAUCCAAAGGGCUAGGAAACAAAACUAACAACACCUCUGCCUCCUCGGCCAUUUUAAUCUUGGAUACCAAACAGAAAAUUUUAUUUGAAACUUGAAGAAUUGCAGCUGGUCCCAGAUGUUGUACUUCUAUUAUGUCACUUUAAUGCCCUUAAAGCACUGAGCAUCUUGAAUCUGUUUGCAGUUUGGCCACUGUUUUGAAGUUUGGUUUUUUUUUUCUUUUAGGAUUCAAAAGCACUUGAGUUUCCCUAUGAAAAGUAGUAAAAAUUGACUAGAGGUAAACAUAACGCUUAACUAAGCAUACACCGAAAUGUUGAGCUCUGUUUAUGCUGGUAGAUGGUCGAUUUGGAGCUUUAGAACACAAGUAUACAGAAAGGUGUUUGGAAAUAGGAAGGACAAAAACAGAAGGCUGACACUCAGCAAGUGUCUUAUUCACAGUUUUUCCCGAGCUCCCUACAAGUAGCUCGUAGUGAACAUUGGGUCCAAGAGUAAUGCAGUACCAGGGAUCCCUGUUCUCCAUGUAAGCAUGGCCCAAGAGCUGAACGCUAACGGAGCACUUAGGAUGGACUUUUCAACCUUUUCGUGACUUUUCCUGCAAUAAAAUUCCAGCCUUAAAGAACCUUAUGUAAAUCAGCGCUGAAAUCUGAACUGAGCUCUUAUUGGCCAUUAAAAAGUUUCCCAGGUUUUUAAAGAUUAUAUUAUGUGAGUUAGUAAAUGCUUACACACACACACACACACUACACAUCCAAAAAUUAAGAAAGUUUACACGUUGUUUUGGCUAGAAGCUAAAGCUUAGAAGUUAAAGGUUAGAGGAAGCUAGUAAAGGUCGUGCGUGGUAAUUGAGGCAAAUAUAAACUGCUUUGCUUGGUCUAUUCAGUUAGGACCAAAGUUAAGACUACUUCACUCUUCACAUCUGUAAAGGGCUCUCCCAGCCAAGGGAACACGCUGCAUGGGGUGAGUCAGUAAUAGUUACUGCAGUUAAGAAAGGCUUCUCCGUCUGCUACAUAGUUUAAAAUCAACAGGUUGGGGAUCAAAUGUCGUAACAACAAUCCUCCCAAGCUGAGCUGGUCCCUGCUUUGUUUUGUCCUUUUCUAAACAUUUAAAGAUGCUUCUUCAUAUGUUUGCAAACAAGUACAGCCUGCCUUCUAUAUCUGCGUAUUCUGAAUCCAUGAUUUCAGCCACCAUCAAGAAUGCCAAACACUUCUGUCUCUGUCCCUAGCAUUGCUUCCCUGACUAUACCAGAGCAAGAGAGACGGACGUAGAAUUGUCUUAAGCAGUGUAAGCACACCUCGUGGUGACUGAACGUGUAGGGAAGAAUGUGCAUAGUGUCUAUGCAUAUAACGUAUCACUUUGUUCAAAGGCCUUGAGCACCCAAGGGUUCUGUUUUCCUGAGGGGCCCUGGGACCAGCCCCCUACAUAUUUGGAGGAGUGACUGUAAUGUUUACAUUUCCUAUAACAGACUUAGAUCCAGAUAUCUCCUGGUUGUCCUACCCACUGAAGUACCAUCUCAGUACAUGUACACGACCAAGCCAAUGUUCUUUUCUUAAAUAUGCAUUCUUAGAUCAGGUGCUUACAACAUGGCUAUUUCAGUCCCCAGAAUACAAGACAUUUCAAAAAAUUACGAUUAUCACCACUGACAUCCAUUCAGGCAAAAAAAAAAAAUAGUUCCCACCUGCCAUCAAUCACUUUUUAACACCUAAGACUUUAUAUAGUGAACCCCAAAAUCAUUUUAGGGAAAAGACCUCUGAAGCUAAGCCAUAGCUUCAUGAGUGUUGUGAGAAUCAUUGUGGAGGAUACAAUAGGUCAUGCAUGGCUGAAGAAAACAUGGCAUGGGGUCCACCUUCUGAUUUUCUCCCCAGACAGGCUGAGUUAUCAAUGAGGGCUCUAAAAUAAUUAAUAUUCACUGCAACAUAUUUUUACCAAGGGUCAUUCAUGUUUAUAACAGGAUUUCUAUCAAAUUUUUAUGUGAGGGUGAAGUCCCCCAACACACAGAACCCCACAUUGGGAAGACCCAGCUGCCCAACCCUCUGCCUAGCCUUGACAGUCACAGGGGACAUUCAGUUAACUGGUGACACUAUUGUAUCCUUGCACUUUCAGGGUGGUCUUAAAAAUUAAAAAUAAAAAUGAAGACGAAAGAUAGGAAGCAAACAAGAGUUUGUUUUUUUAAGCUGUCCCUAUGAUUAGAAGCAGAAGUUUAUGACUGAACUUUCAACCUUUUAACAGUAGAUCAGAGUCUAGAUUUCUCCUCUUUCUUCAGAAGUCCACCCACCCUGCUUCAAGGAUUUCUCAGUGCAUAAGAAGUGCGUGCCGCCUGGUGUUUCUCUCUUCCUUUUCAUUUUUACCUCAUUGGACAUUUUUAGUCAUUUUCUUCUAGAUAAUGUUUUAAUUGGCUGGAGACUAUUUCUUUUUUUCUCAUGGGGUUGCUUCUUUGGAAUCUGUGAUUUUUUUAUUGCCCAAAGAAACCACCACUCUGUCUCUGUCCAUGUCAUUUGGGUCUAGGAGUCAAUAAUGCCCACCAGUUCAUGUUGCCAUUUUCUUUAAUUAUAGUCACUUUAAAUACAUGAUUGUUUUUUUUUCAGUUUAGAGUAAUAAUGGAAAUAGCCCCAGAGGCACAAUGGCCAACUGUGUUAGUGAACCACGUUUACAUACUGACAUGUUUGUUUAUAGAUACACGUCCUCUUGGUAAGCAGCUCCUGCACUCAGCAAAGCUUUGCUUAUCUGUGUUCUCCAUGAAAGACUCUAGAAAGAGUGACAAUUUUUUCAGGGACUGACCUGCAUCUUGUUUGAAGUGACGGGGUUAUCUUGUGUUUACAUGCAGUGAUGUGCGUUUUUUUGUAUUCGUGUGUACAGCGGUGAAACUGGACAACUUAUUAAUGUGUGCAUUACUCUACCCGUCACCCCAAAUUUAGUUGAAACCCUUAGAGGAGCACAGCUUCCUAGUGAUAGCAUGUUAGCUUAGUGAGCCUCUGGUGAAGGCAGACAGGAAACAGGGGGAGAAGGGGAAAGGGAGAGAGGGGCCCAGAUAGAGUUAAGAGACAAUCAUUGUAUUCUCCCAAAGUAUGGGAUCACAUCCUUUAAAAAAAAUCAAGAUGCGGUGCCUGACCGGAAGCUGAUGUGAAGAGCACGGAAGCACCAAGUUACUUGGGUGCCUUGAUUAUUUGUGUACUGCGGCCAGGUGUACCUAAUGCAUUGAAAGCCCUUCUCAAUAUUUAGAUGCUACACCGGCAUUGCAGUGUUCACUUGGGAAGCCACGUAGUUGUUCUCAGAUAAACCCAGAUAGGAUCAGGGCUGGCUUGAAACUUCAAAGCCUAGGAGUCCGCCACGGAGUAUGCAGGGCGGUUCUGUGGAGGAAAACGUUCAUGGUCCUGGACCGUGUCCCAGGCAAAGAGAUGUGGGGGGUCCACUCUGUCUGCUCGGAGUCCUUGCAGCCUGUGGAGCCUAUGGUGGGGCUGAUUCCAGAAGCCCACAGCAUUUUAGCAUCAGUUCUGAACAAGGGAUGAGUGUAGAAGGAUUUGGAUGGGAGGAGGGGUAACCUGGCCUGCCCAAGUGCUGGCCCCUCAGAGAGCUAGGGACAGGGUCAGAGGCUGGCCCCUCGCCAGUGUCUUUCAAGAGCCCUGGGUGCUCUGCUGUCCCCGAGGGUCCUCCUCUCCACUGUAAAACGUGACUCCCUGUACCCUGCAUCUCGUGGUGGUGUCCUAGUGAAGCGAGGGCGCCCUUGUGCCCAACGUGCCUUGGCAACCCCGGCGGCACCGCGCCCUGCCUUGCACGUCGCGACCCCGCCGAGCCCUCAGGGCCAAGCCCAGCCAGAAGCCAGCUGAGCCUCUUGACUGGGUCGCCCUCUGUAUUUGUAUUUGGAUUCCUACGUUUGUACUUCUGAUACAAAAUAAAUGCACAUGUUGUCAGAAA